AUGUUCUUCUUCGGUCUUGGGAAGCUCGUCUACGUCAUCAUCCUCCUCAUCAACUCCCUCGCUGUCCUCUCCGAAGACCGCUUCCUAGCCAGAAUCGGAUGGGGCCGCACACAAAACGACCCAGCCUUCGGCGCAACCUACGAUACCACCAGCGUCAAAGCGAAGACCAUUAAUCUGAUUGCGAGUGUGAGGACUGUUAUGCGAAGUAUGUCAACGAACCCCAAAAUUUCGCUAUUGCAUACCAGCUAG